AUGGACAACAUAGUAUUUCUCGAGCCUUUGCCUAACGAUCCAGCUCUUUUGAUCCCGAAGGAUGAGGAUACGGGUACACAGGACCCUCUGCCUUCUCCUGACUUCCUCGCAGUGGAGGUAUUCUCGGACCGGCAGAUGGAAGUUUGGCUUCACUCAGGCGGUGGCCUUCGUGAUGGGCUAGAAUGUCUCGUUGUUGCGGGAUAUGAAUGGAAUAGAAAGACGUAUGUCGCCAAUGAAAGUGUUCGAUUUCGAGGGUUGUGUGUCUCAACACCUAGGGCCGACAAAGCCCGCAAGCGCAAGAGACGUGCAGCAUGGCGUCACGUUGAGGAAUCCUCGUCGUAUGGCUCUGAGGGCACCCCAUGGGGAAGGGUCAUUGAUGCAUACGAAAUUGAUGGAUACGAAAUUGACACUGAAAGCGAGACGUCAACACUCGGACAGUUCUGGAAAGAUGUUACACGGGCCCUAAAGCAUUCCGUACGAAAGACUGAGGAGCCAGCCUGGACCCUUCCCCCAAACACCUUGUGCUACUUUGGCACACAACAAAGCUUCAGUCAAGAAGCAAAGAAAUUUCACUACCUCUACCUACGUGUGAAGAGACCGAGCAAGUAUUGGGACGAUCUUUGGGAUGACAUCAUCCGCGAGGCUAGCGAAAAUCUAGACCAUACCGACGACGGCAAAAUUAAACACGACAACUAUCCAGAGGGUGAGGUGAUAGGCGCUGACGACCCAUACGUCAUUCUUGCAAUUGGAAUGGAGGUACGCUUGUUUAGAUGGGAGCAAGGUUUUGACGAUUCGGUGGAUGAAGGAGCAAGGAGGAAGAAGUCACCUUCCAGCACCUUGAGAGAAUUGAAUCCGGGAAAGAUCUUGAGUCUCUGCGAGAAGACCGACAGAGAGGAGAUUGAGAAGUUCCUGGACAUGGCUGAACAGCACAAGGAGACGAUCAAGGCAAGAAUCUCUGAGAAGUGUGGACGGGAGUUAAAAUGGUCCACAUAG